UUUUUUUUUUUUAGUUUUUUUUUUCUUCCUUUUUUUUCUUUACUCCAUAUUCAUUGAUUUAUAACUUUUACAAUAACAUGAUGGCGGAAGAACAUAAUUGGAAGUUUGCUCAAUGUUUUGGUGAUAAAAGUGAUUCAGACGAUAUUACAGAAGCGGAUAUCAUUACGACUGUUGAAUUCGACCAAACAGGGGAUCUAUUAGCAAGUGGUGAUAAAGGUGGUCGUGUUGUUUUAUUUGAACGAAAUAAUACUAAAAAAAGUUGUGAAUACAAAUUUUAUACCGAGUUCCAGUCUCAUGAAGCAGAAUUUGAUUAUCUCAAGAGUUUGGAAAUUGAAGAAAAAAUCAACAAGAUUAAAUGGUGCAAAAGACAAAACUCGGCUCAUUUUUUAUUAACAACCAAUGAUAAAACGAUCAAAUUAUGGAAAGUAUUUGAAAAAUCUCUUCGAAUGGUUGCUGAAAAUAUAAUGUCACCGUCAAAAGUUCCUGCUGGUCAGAUUUAUAUUCCAAAGUUGACCCAUCGUGACACCAUCAUUGCCGCCGUUCCCCGAAAAAUUUAUGCCAAUGCCCAUGCGUACCACAUCAAUUCGAUCUCAACAAAUUCUGAUGGUGAAACAUAUAUCUCGUCUGACGAUUUACGCAUCAAUUUGUGGAAUUUAGACAUAUCCGAUCAAAGUUUUAAUAUUGUUGAUGUCAAACCUGCCAAUAUGGAAGAAUUGACAGAGGUGAUUACUGCAGCAGAAUUCCAUCCUUAUCAUUGUAAUACAUUUAUGUAUAGUUCAAGCAAAGGAUCCAUCAAACUAGGCGAUAUGCGUGCAUCAGCAUUAUGUGAUCAACAUGCUAUUGUAUUCGAAGAAGCUGAAAAUCCUGCAAAUAGAUCUUUCUUCUCAGAGAUCAUCUCAUCCGUAUCUGAUGUCAAGUUUAGUCAAGAUGGUCGGUAUAUCCUUUCUAGAGAUUAUCUUGGAUUAAAGAUUUGGGAUAUCAACAUGAACUCAAAACCCGUACAAACCAUUCAAAUUCAUGAUCAAUUACGCAACCGAUUAUGUGAUUUAUAUGAAAAUGACUGUAUCUUUGAUAAGUUUGAAUGUACCUUUAGUGCAGAUGGAAACUCUGUAUUAUCUGGAUCUUAUAGUAAUACUUUUCAUAUAUUUGAUCGUGAAGGAAAGACGGAUAUAUCUUUACAAGCGGACAAAACUGCAUUCAAAGCCAAACGACUAGGAUCAACCAAACAUAGGAUGACUUCUUUAGGUGGUGGUGUCAGUAGUAGUACGAGUGGUAUGAACUCUGACAAUAUGGAUUUUAACAAGAAAAUUUUACAUGCAUCCUGGCAUCCAAGGGAAAACUCAAUUGCUGUAGCUGCUACCAAUAAUCUAUUCAUUUUUACAGAAUAAAUAUACAAAUCGAUAUUGUUUUCCACUGUGCGGUCCUGGUCUUCCUAGGUUGUAAUUAGUUUCUAC